AUGGACUCAGACUCAAGCUAUGUCGAAGAGCCAGAUGAGAAAAUCUCAUCAACCGAUCAUCUAAUUCCAUCGUCACCGCCACGGCCAAGUAUCCCUGGCCCUCAGCACGUUAGCAAGCUACUUCCACUCGCUUCCACGCCAGCAAUCGUCCCAUCUUUAACAAACAACGUGUUCGCACAGGGGGCCGAUGCACAAAGCUACUUUACCCGCCCCAACCGGUAUUUUGGACCUGCAUCGACAUGGAAAUCCUGGACCGAGGAGGAGAGAACCGUGGCCAUGGGCUUGGACCGAGUCCGCAGCCAGAACUUGACUCUUCACUUGUUCAAUGCAUUUCAUCUGAAGAGGAAAGCCGACGAAUCUGCCCGGGGAAGGAGGCUUAAGAAAGGCAGAAAGGGCAAGGCGAGAGCGACAUCUGUGGCUUCGACUACAGACGGCGAGGUUGCAGUGGAUCACGAGGGGACUGGAGAGCAUUCCAGGCUUCCCCGAUCAUGGACAGCUUGGCCCAUGCCGCCAGAUCAAGUCCCAAGGGAGGAAUUGCUUCCCCGUGUAAAAGUCGACGGGGCAUUGCGUGCCGAAGACGAGGCCCGUCCGAGCGCGAACUUGGAGGGAUGGCUCAUUGCGACGGCGACGAAACUUGCUCGAGAAAGAUGGAACGAGAGGCAAUGGGAUGACAAAGAAUCCGGUGUUCUUCAAGAACGGGAUAUGGAAGCUGACAAAAAAGACGCCGACCUCGAGGUUGAUCCUGCAUCAGAUGCCGAAGAGUCAGAGACAGAGAGUGAAUCUGAGCAGGAACACGAAGAAACUGGCGUCCCACUGUUCUCAUCUCGGGCUGCCUCGGACUCAGAUGAGUCGGAAAGAAAAACGAGUGCACAGGCGCCCCGAGAGGGGAACCGUCAGGACGACGAAAUCGAUCGACGCCCUGUGCCUCUUGCAGACGAUGAUACGGCACGCCAGGUCUUCCUCCCAAGUGCCAGACAUAUCUUGUCCCGGCUUGACCAUCUACUAUUCGGCCUACAAAAUGCAAGAUACGCCUACGCUACGAAGCCGCAUGGGACACCACGGGGCAAAGUCUUCUCUCAGACACCUGAAGACAGAACAAGUACCGAGGUCGAAGGACAGGGUAAAUCACGCCCCGCCUCACGCAAGAGGCGCCGCUCGUCAUCUGUGAACAGUGAUAUUUCAAGCGCUUCUGCCAUUUCCGGCCGAAGGACCGAUCGUGCUGGACGGUUGGGACUGCGAGACUGGAGCGACGUCGUUGGUAUAGCGGCUUUGACAGGGUGGGAUCCAGCUGUUGUGGAACGAGCCGGCGAACGAUGUGCGCGCCUUUUUGAUGAAAACAUGCUUUUCCGAACAUUCCAUGAGGGUGAUGGCAGAGCAGGCACUCAGUCGUGGUUCACCGAGCAUCUGGCCUUGGACAGCGACAGCUCAACCACUUCCCCGGAAGCUUCAGAUCAGGUUGAAAUAUUGGCAGUCCGUACAUCGGCGCCGUGCAAAGUGUGUCGACAGCAGAAAUCGAUGUGCCAGCCCGCGGAGCUGCAGCCGCAGCCUGGAGGCACCCGAUCAUGCAAGAAUUGCCAGGUGACCGGAAACGAUUGCUCAGGCAUCACUGUGCAAUACAACGCCAGCACGAACGGGCGAGGUUGUCCACAUGAAUCAUGUCCCAGGCACACAGUCCCCUUUCGCAAGCAGUAUCAUCUCCAGAGACAUCUGGAUAGCGUGCACCGGAACGGCCUUGAAGUUGAAAGGCCGCCCGGGAGAGGGCGUGCCAGUGCCAGUGCCAGCGCCGAUGUGAGUGAUGUCGACACUGACUUUGGCAUGUCUCUUGGGCCCAGCGGUCCCAUCGUCUGUCCGGUCCCUGGCUGUCCGAGAGGCAAGGAACCCUUUCCUCAAGGGAGAAGCCUUUACGAUCACGUCAGACGGAUGCAUCCGGAGGUGGAUGUAGACACUGUCAAGCAGUUGGAAGCCAAAAGAAGAGGAGAACAUAGAGGCAAGUGGAGAGACGAGAGACGCAAGAGGAGUGUGAGUAGGCGGAGGUCAAGUAGCAGGAAUCGCCGGGUUCGUGCAACAUCUCAAACGGGAGGUGACGGUGACGGUGACGAUGACGAUGAUGAAUACAGACCGUAA